AUGUAUCUGGCGAGAUUAAAGCAGCAGCCCCGGAUAGAUGAUGGGGACGAGGCAUCCACGAGAGCUGUAGAAGCCUGGACUAAAGGUGACAGCAAGGCGAUGUCGGACAUAAUUUUGUCAAUAAGCCCCUCAGAAAUCAAACAGAAGAGUAUACUGCGCGGAAAGGCGACGUUCGAAAAAACGGAAGGCGCCAUGUUCGUGAAGCGGAAUUAUGGGAAAAAUCACGGUCACGCAGGAAAUGGCGGACGGGGCAGUGGCGUCUCGGAAGGUACACGAGGCAGCGGCGUCUCGGAAGGUGCACGAGGCAGCGGCGUCUCGGAAGGCAGAAGAACGUUUCAGGAGAAUGAAUCUGAGACGUAUACUAUCGAGGUACAGCUAUCCCCAGUUGUCGAGAACGAAAAUCCAGAACAUGAAUCUCCUACAACGGAACAAGAAGAGCCCGAGGUUGAUCACGAUUCUGAGCCACCCAGGCGUGCCCGCGGGAGACCCAGAAUUCGGCGAACUGGUUCGAGGGGAAGACCUAGAAAGAUAUACAGGUACAGGACACCCCCGAGAGGUUCAGCACUCUCUUCUGAAGAGGUAUUACUGUCCGAGGUCCCGAUGCAUCAGGCAGUGAGAGGCGAGGACGCUGACGAAUGGCACAAGGCGAUGGCAGACGAAGUGGCAUCUAUCUUGAAGAAUGGUACUUGGGAAUUAAUCGACCGACCAUGUAACCAGCACAUCGUUGGAAGCCGUAUUGUCCUGAGAAACAAGUACAAGCCUGAUGGAACUAUCGAAAGGAGGAAGGCAAGACUAGUCGCUCGGGGAUUUAGCCAAAAGCCCGGAACACAUUUCAACGAGACUUUUGCCCCUGUAGCAAGGCUUAGCUCCAUAAGACUUGUAUCUGCCCUAGCAGCACAUUUAAAUAUGGACAUGCAGCAACUGGAUGUUACCUGCGCAUACUUAAAUGGAAGUCUAGAUGAGACGAUUUACAUGGAAACCCCCGAAUAUUUGGAUGAAUCAUUGAAGAUUAUUUGUGAUAACUCCAAAUACGACGAGGCUACCAGAAAGAAGGCUCGAGACACCUUGAACACACUGGGAAAAGGUGAUAAAGUAUGUCUACUUAGGAAAUCACUAUACGGCCUGAAGCAAGCCGGUCGGAGCUGGUAUCAGAAACUAAGCCAGACACUUAGUGAAUGCGGUGCAAAUCCAACUAAUUCCGACCCAUGUGUAUUCACUUGUAAAACAGGAAAAGACAUUAUGAUAAUUGUCACUUAUGUAGACGAUCUGAUUAUCGCAUCACGUGACAAAAAGGCAAUAUCGUCCCUAAAAGCCAAAUUAUCUGAAAGAUUUGAAAUGAAAGAUCUGGGAUCAGUUAAUCAUUGCCUAGGGAUGGAAUUUUCACUCAAGAAAAACAAGAUAAGUCUAAGCCAGAGAGCAUAUAUCUUGGAAAUACGAGAUCGAUUCAAGAUGGCGGAUGCGAACACUGUAAGCACUCCACUUGAUCCAGGAACGAAGUUAAGGAAACCGACGGAGAGCCCAUCUAGUGAAGAGCUGAAGUUACCUUAUAGGGAGCUUAUAGGUGCGCUAACCUAUCUAUCGUUGGGAACGAGACCCGAUAUUAGCUUUGCAGUAAGCUACUUAGGACAGUUCAACAACUGUUACACUAAGGAACACUGGACAGCCGCAAAGCGAGUACUUAGGUACCUGAAGGGCACCAUCGAUCACUCGAUAGUAUACCAACGAGAAGACAUGAAUCUGAGAGGAUUCGUUGAUGCUGAUUGGGCAAACUGCCCUGACGAUAGGCAUUCGUAUACCGGAUUCUCAUUCAUCCUAUCAGGCGGACCCGUAUCGUGGAAUCGAAGAAGCAAGCCACAGUGGCAUUGUCUACCACCGAGGCGGAAUAUAUGGGUACCACCGAAGCUGCCAAGGAAGCAAUCUACUUGGGCAAGUUCAUGA